AUGGAAGAGACCGAGUUCUCCAAUGUCCUCACCUACACCAUCCCCAUGUUCGUGGUGUUGAUUCUGUUCUGUUGUAUGCUCAAACUGUACGUCAAGUGGACAGGUGGCUGGAAGAAUUGUCAUCGGCAACGGACGCUGAGCGAGAACUCUUCCGGUGAGCGAGUUUGCCUUCGUAUGUUUACAAUCUUCUUACACUUUCUGACGCAUGAUUUAAAUUCCAAAUCUUUCGGAAUGCCCUUAGGCGCUCUUUCCAAACUAUUGCGUCGUAUUUCCUGCAAAUACCUUGAGUCCUAAUGCCAAUCCGCUUAAGCAUCGACCACAGUGUCCAUCAAUACGGAUAUGGUAAUACAUCAGCCGAGUGGGCCCAACCUGCCGGUGAUCCCCUUCGAGAUCACCGAAUUCGACGGGUCCGCUUUCUUCACGGUCCCCUUUUUGUUGGAGCGAUUCCCUCCCAAGUACGAGGAUGCCAUUAAAUUGCCCUCUCCAUUACCACCAAGAAGGGCGUCCGUGGCCGUUCCUUUACCGCCACCACCCUUCUACGAGGGAACAUCAUCGAAUGGAAGUGGAUUCGCGGACGGUGAGGAUUACUUUAUCGGAUUAGUGAGCCAAAAUAGGAGAGCUCUAAGCACAUUAUACUUAAUGACGUACAUUUUGGGUUGCUGGUCCUCGUAUUUCUUUGGGAAUUUGUAAUAGUAUUUGGGAUCACAAGAGAAUUACAAAAGCAAAGGAUUAAACGGUACUGUGUGGUUUACAAUGCUCUUAACUCUUGGGUUACAUCUCUGCGUAAUGUUUUGCGUUGCGUUUAUUUUACGUGUGUAAUCAGCUUAAGCAAACCCUCUUAUUUUAGCAUUUUAUACAUGUCGUUGGCCCUAAUUCCUGUCAUUCUAGCUCCCCCAUCAUAUUGGACACUGCCACGACUUGGUACGGGUAAUCAAUCGGGUUCAAAUGACAUCUACAGGAACAUGACGACCUCCAUUAACAUGCCCGCCACCUCCAGUAGUUGUAAUAUGUACUCUCAGCUGGACACACAGAAGGUCCAAAAUAGUACUGGAAGUACGGCGUCGCUUGUUCGCCAUGCCCCGCUAACACAGAGCUUGUCCGAUUCGGUCCAAUUGGCCCGAACCCACGAGAUGGGCAUGGUUCACAGACAGAGCACGGCCUCCUCGCCUGUUCAACUGAUCCCCCCAUUGCCUGGGGCGGUUGUGGAAUCUCCGGAGGGCAUUCACGAAUUGCGGGUCGACGAAUUGGAGAAGAACUAA